AUGCCCUUCCCUUUCACCCUCCCUACAACCUCCAGCCUCUCUUUCCCAGACUUCUACACCUCCGCGACCCACCCCUCCCUCCCGCUCUCUGCAACCACCCACCGCGGCGUCCUCCGCGACACGCUCAAGAAACACAAGCGCCUCCCGCCCGCCUCCCAACCCUCGAACCUCCCCUCCGUCCUCUCCGCCCUAAAUGCCUACAUACCAUACCUCUUCGCGCUGGACGCCGGGCUCGGCGGGCGCAGCAUCGCGGGGGAGGAAGUCGACGUCGUGCUCGUGCGAGAACUGGAGGUCGAAUGGCGGGCGACCCUCUCCGCCUCAAUACCCGGGCGCGAAGCUUCACGCGUAAAAUUAAAGAGCCUAGAAAGCGAGCUCUGCUUUGUGCUCCUAUGCGCAGCAGAAGUCCACGCUCUGCUCGCGCGCAGCCAGCUGCAUACGCUCUACAACGCGACUAUGCCCACGGCCGAUCAACGCGCCACAGCCAUUGCGGCGGCGAUGCGGCACUUCCUCGACGCGAACGCGGUGUGCGGGUAUCUGGUUAGCAGGGUACAGCAGUGGGCUAUGCCGCCUGUAGCGGUGGAUAUCUCAGUCCCGGUGCUUAGUGCUCUGGGGGAAUUGACGAUUGCGGAGGCGACGCUGAUUACAGUGCUGAAGGAUGAUCCGUACCCGGGCGUUGUGCUAGAGGAUCGGAAUAAGCAGAGUAAGGACUGGAUGUUCAAGAGUGUGGAGAUCCCGAAGGUGCGGGCGCAUUUGUUUGCGAGGUUGUGUCUCAGUGCUGCGGAGCAUGCUGCUAAAGCACAGGCUAUGCUUAGCAGCGCUGGCAAAGUUGAUGAGGGGUUAGUGAAAUAUGUGGAUGAUUUGAGGCGGACGGCGAGGGGGAAGGCGUGCAGAUUCUUAGGGAUUGAUGCUGAGUUAGCGGGAAAGACGGGUGAGGGGAUUGCGUGGGUGAGGGGGGCGAGGAGAGAGUUGGGGUUCCAGGCAAUUGGGAAGGAGGAAGAGAGGAAGGGGGGCACGUUUUCGAAGUUAAAGAAGGAUUGGGCGGAGAAGAGGGAGGAUCGGAAGGUGGAGAAGGGUGGUGAUUGGGGGACGGAUGGUGGAAAGUUUGAGGAGGGGAGGGUGCUGGAGAUGUUGGAGAGGAAGUGGGUCAAGAUGAAUGAUACGGUUGGAGUUCAGUUGAUUCCACCGUCUGAACCCCUACUCGCUAGCAUGCCUUCAGGAAGGGAAUAUCACACGCCAAAGCUGUACAUCACACCUAGCCUAGAUGAGGACGUCAUAUCACCAAUGAGAGCACCUCCUGAUCCUAGCGAGUCGGGAUUCAAGGGGGACGAGGACGACAGUAACGAUGAAGACGAAAACAAGAGCUCUCCUGUUGGAGCAUUCCCUGGAACAAAGGGAGAGUACUCUGGUGGGACAACGUACUACUAG